CCUGUAUAUAUACUUUGUCUGUUUGUGUAUACAUAAUGGCUGAAGAGCAGUUACAUAGCAAAAUACAGGACUUGCAAAGACAAUUAAUGGAAUUGCAGUCUUUGCCUCAGACGGGUACUGUAAAUGGUAUAACAGUUAAGUUACCCACAUUUUGGCGAGAAAAACCAGUGAUAUGGUUUGCGCAGGCUGAAGCCCAAUUUGAGAUUGCAGGCAUAAAACAGGAUUCCACCAAAUAUGGAUACGUCCUCUCCAUGCUUGAUGAAAGGAUGGCUGAAGAUGUUGAGGAUAUAAUUGAGAGUCCUCCUGCGGAUAAUAAAUAUGACCACCUAAAGAGAGAGCUCAUUGCUCGCUUCUCUGUAUCAAAGGAGCAAAGAGUACGCGAACUCCUGAAUAAUGUUCAAUUAGGUGAUAGGAAACCUUCGGCAUUCCUUCGUCAUUUGCGCUCUCUUGCUGGCUCGUCAAAUAAUGAUGAGGGCAUUAUAAGAGAGUUGUGGAUGCGUAGGUUGCCCCAAGAAGUGCAGAGGAUCUUGAUGGCCCAACGGGAUUUACCUUUAGAUAAGGUAGCUGAGAUUGCAGACACCAUUGUUGAGGCACCAGCAUCCUCCUGUUUUCCCUCCUCCUCCGUAAAUGCAGUUGUUUCACAUACAGAUGUGCAACUAUUACGGCAGCAAAUGGAUGAGCUUACAAAAAAAAUGGUCGAGUUUACAAGACAGCCAAGGUCGUCCUCUCGUUCUCGCCCGCAACGACAACAGUCUUCUUCUCGCUCUGGUUCCCAACUGUGCUGGUAUCACAAGAAAUUUGGCAGUAAAGCCUCAAAGUGCAUCAGCCCUUGUGACUGGAAACCAGAGUCGGGAAACGACCAACGCAAUCGGUAGAGGCGGCUGCGGAUUGUGACCUUAUUUCACGCCGUCUGUUUGUCACGGAUUGUCAGACCAAGGUAAAAUUUUUGAUUGAUACUGGCUCUGAUCUGUGUUGUUUUCCUCAAAGUUUACUAAAGGCACCCGUUGAACAGACCGAUUUUGACGUACGUGCGGCGAAUGGUACUACAAUUAAGACCUAUGGUACCAUAUGCCUUUGUUUGAAUCUGGGCUUGCGCAGAGAUUUUAAAUGGAAUUUUGUUGUGGCUGAUGUGGGUACGCCUAUCAUCGGUGCUGAUUUUUUGGCUCAUUACCAUCUGUUACCAGACUGCCACAAAAGCAAAUUGAUUGAUGCCACCACAAACAUUUUCACAAAGGCCACUAUCGCAAACAUUGCCCAACUUAGCGUCAAAACCAUUAUUUCAGGAGAUUCACCCUUCUUCGAAAUAUUAAGGGAAUUUCCUGAGAUAACGCGUCCACCGGGUAUGCACAGGGAGAUUAAACAUACCACUGUACAUCAUAUCUUGACAUCCGAGGGUCCACCAGUAGCAUGCCGUCCACGUAGACUUGCAGCCCAGAAGUUACAAGCUGCCAAGAAAGAAUUCGAGGACAUGGUUAGCUGUGGUUCGGCGCGCCCCUCAAAUAGUCCUUGGUCCUCGCCAUUACACAUG